AGAAGAUUCGUAUGCACAAGUACAGGAGUCGAAUGUGUCUUAGUAGACGUCAGCCUACGCGAAGUCCGACGCCCGUGCAGCAUACACAUCCUUGGCGACUACAUCGAUUCGAGCGGGAUUAGAGGAAACAUGUAGACCACAGAGCAUAGUAGCAGUCCGGGAGAGAGUUUAGAUCUGACGAGGUGAGUUGUAGAUACACGUGUUGUCACAAACCAUGAGCGGACUAUACUAGGUACGCGUACAGCGGCCUGCUUGGAGCAGCGGAAGGCGUCUGAGGGGCGCAUACUCAGUAUGCUCUUUGGCUUGCUGGAUGUGUAAGACAUCUGCGAGUUUACGCGUCGAAACACUGUCCUCUGUCCAUCCAGCCUCAAGUCGACGUAUCUCAACCAGGCCCGAAGGACUAUAUAUCCCCAUCCUCCUCAUGCUACCCAUCACCUCACCGACCACCAACUUCUGCCUUCACUCCAAGUACUCUCUUCCUUCAACAUCAGCAUGAAGUCCCUCUUCUUCUUCCUCUCCCUCCUCCCCAGCUCUCUUGCCCUCGUCGCCCCCCUUAAACGCCUCACCCCCGACAUCCGUCCCCGCAACGCACACUGGGGAACAAAGUCUUGGUCCGGCACCAAUACCAUCACCGUUACAUCAACCCUGACCGUUACCGUUACCGUUACCGCUUUCCCCACUGCCAACGGAACCUUCCCCAAUGUCACUACCACGGAUGUGAGUGGGCCGGCGACCUCCAGCGAUGAUCUUGCGCCGAUCACGUUGAUUACACUGCCUACUGGGGUGGCUGCGACUACGGGGUCAAGUGAAGGUCUUGCGCCAGUUACGUUGAUUACUCUUCCUACGGCUACGGAUGGUGGGGAUGGUGCUGCUGCGCCUACGCCGAAUGAUCUUGAGCCGGUUACGUUGAUUGAUAUUAGUACUGUUACGCCUAUCUAG